CACACGUGGUACCAUGAGCUAACGUUCUGUCGCGUCGUAUGGCAGCAAUGAUUCACGACCUCACGAUCUUUCACGACACAAAACUAAGCGCGUAGAAGGCAGGGGCACCUGGGCACGGCGCCUGCUGAAAGCCCUCCUCUCGAAGAAUUCACUCGACCUUUCCAACCACUGACGACGCCUUCUCUGCGGACAUUUCACCUCGCCAGACACUAUCCUCCCACUUCCUUGAGUGACUCUGGGAUAGCACGUCCUCUGGUAUCGUCCUCAAGCCGGUAAACGCCCCCAACACAUCUCCGACCACUCUUCCUCCCGACCAUGGACCCAGAAGAGUUGUAUACAAAGCAGAAUUGCAUUGGAGGAGGUAGUUUUGGCAAAGUAUACAAGGGCGUUGACAAGCGAACUGGACAAGCUGUGGCCAUCAAAAUUAUAGAUGUGGAGAAUGCUGAAGAUGAGGUCGAGGACAUUAUACAAGAAAUAUCCAUACUUUCAGAGUUGCAGUCGCCCUAUGUCACCAAGUAUCAUGGCUCGUUUUUGAAAGGCUCCGAUCUGUGGAUCAUCAUGGAAUUUUGUUCAGGAGGUAGCUGUUCAGAUCUGAUGAGACCCGGCAUCAUUCACGAAGACUACAUCUGUAUCAUCCUUCGAGAACUGUUAAUGGGGCUCGAAUACCUCCACGGAGACAAGAAACUGCAUCGAGACAUCAAAGCGGCCAAUGUCCUUCUAGGGCAGAACGGACAGGUCAAGCUUGCAGACUUCGGUGUCUCUGGACAGCUCUCGGCUACCAUGACUAAAAAGAAUACCUUUGUUGGCACCCCUUUCUGGAUGGCACCAGAGGUUAUCAAGCAGUCUGGUUAUGAUCACAAAGCAGAUAUUUGGUCUCUUGGUAUUACGGCCAUUGAGUUGGCUCAAGGAGAGCCUCCAUAUGCCGACAUUCAUCCCAUGAAAGUUCUCUUCCUGAUCCCCAAAAACCCCCCGCCUAGUCUACAAGGGAACUUUUCACGUACAUUCAAAGACUUUGUCGAGUUAUGUCUGAGAAGAGACCCUCGAGAUCGUCCGUCGGCGAAAGAAUUGCUGAAGCACCCUUUCAUACGCAAGGCGAAGAAGACAACGUAUCUGACCGAGCUAAUUGAACGCAACGAGAGAUAUAUUGCAACUCACGGCAGCAGAUCUUCAGAUGAUGAGGAUGACGACGAAAUUCCUACGCAACAGACUCAUACCUCCGAGAAUGAAGAUCUCUGGGACUUUGGCACGGUCCGACCUGUUGGUGGUCGGAAUGCUGGGCUUCGCCCAAUGAAUGACUCUGACACCAAUGCGAGAGCGUCUGCAGAGCCAUCAGCUCCGAGAAACAAAAGUGACUGGGAUGAGACUGUCAAAGUUCCUUCCUCUCCGCAGAAGUCUCCUGUCAAGGCUGCGUUCCCGACUCCAGCGAAAGUUCCCUUGCCAGCUUCUCCUGCUAAGGAAACCAAUCCCGGCGGAGUUACGGCAUCUCCUCAUAAAUCUGCACCUGCUGUCCCACCAAAAACCUCGACUCCUUUCUCCGUGCCACAAACACCGGUCAAUUAUGUCAACUCUGAGGUCUCUAAAUCACAGGAACACCAAGACAGCCCAGAAUCUAACGAAUAUAACAAAGCAUUUCAAGCUCAGCUGGCCAAGGACAUGGGAUUUCUGAAAAUCAAUGGCUCAGACAGCCCUAAUUCGCAGGGGUCAACUCCGCCCAACAAGAAACCUCACAUGGUUAUUCCAGAGAUUCCUCCCUUCAAAGGUAGACCAGGUAGAGGGGAGCCUCUUGAUCAUGCAAGACCAGCACCACCAUUGAAAACAGUAGCCCAACAACCUCUGCCCUCCUUUUCAACCAAAGAUUUAUCACCCAUACCAGGUAUACCAUCGACUGAUCAACGACAGUCACAGCCCUUGGCGAGUAAGACGAACAAGUCGUCACCUCUGACGCAACCAAUCUCGGGAGGCCUUUCGACUCAACCUUCGAAAGAAGAUGCAAAUGAUGAGCUUACAGCUAUCAACUCCGUGAUUGUUCCAGCACUUGAUGCCGCAAUUCAUCGUCGAAGCUAUAUGCUGAAGGAGCUUAGUCGGACGAGACAGCCAGGCUCACCUGCAGCGGCGGAAGUUCAACAUCAGAGGGUGCAGACCCAUGAGAAAGUGCGACGUCUGGCCUCGAAAGCUGCAGCUAUUUUUCAAGAGAUCCAACGAUGUGAUGAAGAGUUUCCCGUUGGAAUGGGUGGCGGUGUGACAGAGUUUUUGGAAGGGUUCUUAGAAGAGAUCCUGGUAAGAGUCGAGGCCGCCGAAGAGCCGGAGAGUCCUAAGAAGGUCUAGUAAGGACGUCGUCUCAUUCCAUGAUUAGUGGUCACUAUGAUGAAAUCGAAGGGGCAAUUGUCUAUCAUGUCGUAAUGCAGUGUAUACGAGAUUAUGG